UAUUCUUCCAGCAAAAUGAUUAAUACAAGUUAUCAUCGAACUGUUGCCAAAAGUAAACAUUAUCAUUGUAUUUGUUUAUCAUCAUCAUCAUGGAUUACAUUAUCAACGAUGACCAUCAUCAUUAUCAUUAUGAUCAUCAAUAUUAUCGAUAAUGUGAAUGGCCAAACGAACGUACAAGAUCAAUCGAUUUGUCAAAAACAUUUUGCUAAAUUUACUAAAUCACAUACAGCAUGUGUAAAACCGAAUAAAAAUUGUCGAUUAUCAGAGCAAGGAGUUGAUAAAAAACAACGACAAUUAAUAUUGGAUAUUCAUAAUUAUUAUCGUAAUUUAAUAGCGAGUGGUAAUGAAAGUAAUCUUGGUUUUCCAUCUGCUGCCAAUAUGCUUACGUUAGAAUGGGAUGAUGAAUUAGCCUAUGUAGCACAGAAACAUGCAAAUCAAUGUCGUUUCGAACAUGAUUGCUAUGAUUGUCGUCGUACAGAACGUUAUCCGGUUGUUGGUCAAAAUCUAUACAUAUAUCGUACGACAAGAUCAAAAAUCGAUCCAGAUUGGCGAAAAGUAAUUCGUGAAUGGUAUGAAGAGAUUAAGAUUGCACCACCACAAGUAGCAUUCAGUUUUGAUCUAUUUCAAUUAAAUAUUGGACAUUUCACACAAAUUGCCUGGGCAGAAACUAAUCGAAUUGGUUGUGGUUUUACAACAUAUUCCGAUUAUGAGAAUCCUGGUUCCGUUUUUAAAACUGUUCAACUUUAUACAUGUAAUUAUGCACCUGGUGGCAAUUAUUUAGGUGAAAAAAUGUAUGAAAAUGGUACACCAUUAAGUAAAUGUCCACCACAAUAUGGAAAAUCGAAAAACUUUCAAGCUUUGUGUGAAUUUGUUGCCAAUUGGGAUUCGAAUAUUAAUGCAUACGCUUUGGUUGAUAAUCGAAUCGAUACGAAUCUAUUAUCGGGUACGCCAAUCGAACAUCCAUCAUCAACAUCACUUUCUAUCAUCAAUAAUAAUAAUAAUAAUAAUCAAUAUUCUACCGUUUAUAAUCGUAUUGAACCAACAAUGGCUACAUCGACAACAACUCAACGAACAACAAUAACAAAUACACCAAAAUCAAGAACAUCCAGUUCUACUAGAAGAACUAAUAGUAAUCGACGUAAAAAUACAUCAAAUAGAAAUGGAAAUCGUAAUCGUUCUCGUAGUCGUACAGCAAGUAAUAAUAAUAAUCGAAAUAAUUCCAAUCGUCGUAAUAUUUCGUCAUCUACUAAUAUUAUUGAUCAACAAUGGAAUUCUCGAUUGAAUAAUUGGAAAAAUAAUUCAACAACAUCGACAACAACAACAUCACCAUCAACAUCAACAUCAUCGUCAUCAUGGAAAUGGAAUCAAUCAUCAUAUGAUUGGAAAAAAUGGCUAACAAAUUUCACGACAUUCACUAAUUGGACCAAAUGGGAAUCAAAACCACAACGUUCAAUUAUUACUAAUGCCAAUAUUAGAACCACUGGGCAAGUCGAUCCAUCUAUACGGAUUGUUACGUCAAGUCGAUCUGGUUCCAAUAAUAAUAAUAAUAAUAAUGGAAAUCAAAAUAACAAUGUUCCAUGGCGUUUGACCAAUAUUACUUGGUGGACGAAUUGGACGACAACAACGAAUACUCAACCAAAAGCAAUAAAUCGUAUUACAACUCGACUGCCAACAUACACCUGGUCAUUAUCAUUAGGUUUACAACGAGAAAAUGAAUCUAGUGCUCCAAAUUCCUGGUCCAGAUCAAUAGAUUUGACGCCCAAUCGUGCCAAUAGUGCAUUAUAUUAUCGUAACAAUAGAUAUAAUUACUAUUGAAAAAAAACAAAUCAAUAAAUGUGAAAGAUAGAUAAUAAUAAAAUUACACACAUAAUAUACUCACCAAAAAAAAACUUAGAAUCAAGAGUGUGUCAAUUUUUAUUUUAUUUUCUUGUUUGAAUCAUUGAAAUCCAAUAAUUUUAUCACCAAUUAUUGUAUUUUAUUCUAUAUUUUGAACUUAUAAUUUUUUUUUCUUUUGCCAACCAAUCUUUUUUUUUAUUCUCUUUCUUUUGACAUUCAGUGAGAAAGAGUUUACAAGUUUUUUUUUCUCUAUUUUUUCUUCAUUCAUUUAU